AUGGAUAAGGGUAUUGCAGAUGGAUUUGCAUUUGUAAUUCAAAAUCAUGGACCAAAAUCAAUUAGUAGAGAACCAGGUAGCAGCUUAGGUUAUAAUGGUAUUCCACAUGGUGUAGUAGCAAUAGAGUUUGAUAAUUGGAAAAAUACUCCAUAUAAUGAUCCUGUAUAUGACCAUGUAUCAAUUCAAAUACCAGAUACUAAUGGUUUUUUAUCCUGUGAACAUAGCACAAAUUCAUUGGGUCUUUUCAAAUCAAAUUUUAAAAACGGAAAUAUAAAUAACUGUAAAAUUGUAUAUAAUAGAAAAGAUUCAGAAAUCUCAAUAUUUUUAACCAUCAACAACGACAAUGAUUUACCAUUAAUUGAAAAAAUUGAAAAUUGUAAAAUACCUUUCGAUUUUCCAUUGUGCGGUUAUAUGGGCUUUACAGGUUCUUGUGGUGACCUUUUCCAAACAACAACUAUUUAUACUUGCAGUAUAAAGGCUAAAGUUGAUACAUUAGAAGGUAUUCAAAUGGAUUUGGAUAGUUUAGAAAUUUAA